AUGUCCGCGACUUACGCCAUCACCGACCUCCUCCCCCUCCCAAAUUCCUCGGUCAGGAUUCCUCGUCUCGGUUUUGGAGUCUACCGGUCUCCAACCAACGUGUGUGUGCAGUCGUGCCACAAGGCUCUUCAGGCGGGCUACCGACACAUCGACACAGCGCAAUUUUAUGCAAAUGAAAAGGAAGUCGGAGAUGCCAUUCGCACAUCGGGUAUCCCUCGCAGCGAGAUCUUCGUCACCUCCAAGAUUCUGAGCCCCGCCGGCUCUCCCGAAGCUACCUAUAACAAGCUCCUCGCGAGUGUCGAAAAGAUCGGCGGCCCAGGUGGAUAUGUUGAUCUGUUUCUCAUUCACAGCUCCAGCUCUGGCUCAUCUGGCCGGAAGGAGCUGUGGCAGGCUUUGGAAAGACUUGUGGAGGAAGGCCGAGCAAAGAGCAUUGGUGUGAGCAACUUUGGAGUGCAACAUAUCGAGGAAAUGAAGCCAUAUGCCAAGAUCUGGCCACCGCACGUAAAUCAGAUUGAGCUCCACCCAUGGUGCCAACAGCGCGUAAUUGAUGCGUACUGCAAGAAGAACGGUAUUAUUGUCGAGUCUUAUUCCCCGAUUGUGCGGAACUAUAAAGCUAGCGACCCUACACUUGUCGACCUGGCGAAUAAAUACGAGAAGACCACCCAGCAGGUCUUGAUACGCUACGCAUUGCAGAAGGGAUGGGUACCACUCCCCAAGACCGAUAACGCAGACCGAAUCAAGGCCAAUGCCAAUGUAUUCGACUUUAAUAUCAGCGAGGAGGACAUGGCCGUGUUGAAUGCCCUCGAUCAAGGAAGCGCCGGGGCAAUUGUCGAGGCUGUUGUGAAUGAGUGA